UUGUGUUGUGUUGUGUUGUGUUGUGUUGUGUUUUGUUGUGUUGUGUUGUGUUGUGUAAUGUACACAAGAAUCAGAAAAGUGGGUGACAGUUUUUUACUUCACAGAAGUCUUGCGUCUUGCACACGUCGUUUUCACAGUUUCUUGUCACAGCAGAAGUAAAACACAAAUACAGUCUACACCCUUUUCAUCCCUUCCUGAAAAAGAGGUGCUGAAACAUGAAGUAAGAAGACGGAAAAGGAGAUUUCAGACCAUAAAACUAAUUGUUAAGCCUUUUUUAUUGUCAUAUUAUAAAAGAAAAAAAACGAAUGCUAAUAUAAAAGAAGAACCAGCGUGAUGGAGGAUCCUCUUAGAACUCCAGGGCAUCCAGAUCAGAAGUAUUGGGUUAAUAGAGGAGCUUUCAGAUUGCCAAUGCACUUGUUUCUUCAUUUUGUCAUCAUCAUGGUACUUAAAGGACUUUUGAUCGCAUGUGCCAACUAUUUGCUGAGGGUCAAUGCUGGAGAAUGUGGAGGCCCAAAGCUAAACCCAGUUUAUGAAGAUGAGAAGAGCACCGAUGGAGAGAAGUUACAGCUUCAUGCAGAAAUUCAGAGACUCACAGAGCUCCUGCACAACAUCACUACAGACUCUCGAUGCCAGCUUUGCCCCAAGACAUGGCACAGAUAUAAGGGUCACUGCUACUUCAUCUCAGCAGGACUGGAGGAAGACCGUAAGUGGGUGGAAAGUGUGGAGUACUGUGCUGAGCACAACGCCAGCCUGGCCGUCUUCCAGCAUGAAGCCGAGAUGGAGUUUAUCCUCAGUCUGCUGAGCAGGUUUGAAGAGAUGCCAUUUCUCUGGCUCGGCCUUACAGACGCUCAGGUGGAGGGGGUGUGGGCAUGGCAGGAUGGAACUCUGUUACAAAACCACAGCAUAAAGGUGCAGUGGGACUCGGAGCACAGAGACUGUGCAGACCUGAGAGGGGAUGGAAGUGUGUUUGCAUCUGACUGCAUGUCCUACAGUCCUUGGCUUUGUAAGAAACCCAUGGUGCCACCAGAGUUUUAAAAUGUUUCAAUCAGCUCCAAAAAUAUUCGCACCAUUCAAGAAAAUUAUAUUAAUAUUAUUAGCAAAAAAAUAAUGAAUCAAGAAUGUAUUCCUGGAUGAAACAACACCACAAAGGAUCUUUUUAUAAUGUCAAAUAAUGCUGACUUGGUCAUAUAAAAAUAGUCGUUUAUAUAAAAAGUUUUUCUGUUGGUUUGGGUGUAUGUUAGGGCUCAUUAUGUUCAGAGUUCCAUAUAUAGUCAAACAUCAGUGAUGGGCGUCCAUGUUCUCCAGUACAUUUUACAUGGUUUUCCUCAUACUGAUUGUAAUUAUGAGCAAACUAUUAGAUUUAUCAUUUCAUAUGCAUUCAACGUAGAGUUCCAGUUGUAUUUCCAGCGACACCUGAUGAUGUUAAAGAGCUCGAAUGUUCAUCUUCUUUCUUCGCUUAUAAAUGAAGUGCCAAUACUUCUGGAGUUGACUACACAUUUUUAUUUAUAUAUCACAUGGAUAUUGUUGGGUAGUGAGAUUAGAUAUAUGCAGAAACAGCAAAUAAAGUGAUCUGAAGAUUAAUCCCUGUGUGUCAUGCUUCAUCUUUUUUAUUUUUAAGCCAGUUCCAAUCAGGAAAAAGCCAUGAACUUUUGAACUUUUGAUCACACCCUAAAAUCAUUUCAAUGUCCAAAUCCCAUGGUCACAAAUCCCUCUUUCACAGCACUGAUAUAUAGUUAGCUUGGAUUUUUACAUCCGCUUUCAAAAAAGGGUAGAGAUGCUCGCUUUAUUGUUUUACUUUUAAAAAAUUAAAUGCUAUUUUAUUUAUUUCAAUAGUCUAUAAUAUGUCUUGACGUGUAUAUUUCCCAUUAUAUACCUUAUGCUGAAUAUAUAUAUAUAUAUAUAUAUAUAUAUAUAUAUAUAUAUAUAUAUAUAUAUAUAUAUAUAU